GCGUUGUGUUCGAGUCCGCCUCUCUGAGCUCAGGCCGCUUUGCCAUUGACGCACUUUAAAGCUCGUCGCUCCUUCUCCACCUUAAGGCGAGCGGCAGAGGCGGCGGCCAAUCAGCAUGCCAUUAGAGGCUUCACAGGAAGCUGUUUAUGGGAGUGCAGCGCUAAUUAGCCUCAUGAACUAACACAUCUGCCCGCACCGAGUCACCGAGGAAAACGAUCACAUCCAUGGAUUAGUCUGGGAGCGCACGGCGCACUUUUGAUUUGACGUCCUCCUCCAGUAUCCAUCGUGUCUGGUGUGUGCUGCGCUUUUGCUGAACUUCUUCGCGGCGCGCAACAACUUUCGCCUCUUUCCCAACUCUGGAGUAUUUUCCGUGAUAGCUUCCUCUUAAACUGGGGAACCCGGACCUUCACGCCAUGUUUCAGCCCGCACCCAAGAGGUGUUUCACGAUAGAAUCGUUGGUUGCCAAGGAUAAUCCGGUAACGGCGUCCCGAUCGGAGGAGCCCAUCCGGCCGGCGGCUCUCAGCUAUGCAAACUCUGGCCAGAUGAACCCCUUCCUCAACGGCUUUCACUCCGGAGCCAGGGGCGUCUACUCAAACCCGGACUUGGUGUUCGCCGAGACGGUCUCGCAUCAGCCCAACUCGGCGGUCCCGGUGCAUCCGGUGGCCCCGCCGCACGCCCUGGCCGCUCAUCCGCUCUCGUCCCCGCAUAGUCCGCACCCUCUUUUUGGCAGCCAGCAAAGAGACCCCUCUACUUUUUACCCCUGGUUAUUACACAGAUAUAGAUACUUGGGACACAGAUUUCAAGGCAACGAAGCAGGUCCCGAGAGCUUCCUUUUGCACAACGCGCUCGCCCGAAAGCCCAAAAGAAUCCGCACGGCUUUCUCUCCAUCGCAACUCCUGCGGCUCGAACACGCCUUUGAGAAAAAUCAUUACGUGGUGGGCGCAGAGAGGAAACAGCUCGCGCACAGCCUUAGCCUCACAGAAACUCAGGUAAAAGUGUGGUUUCAGAACCGAAGGACAAAAUUCAAGAGACAGAAGCUGGAAGAGGAGGGCUCCGAGUCGCAACAGAAAAAGAAGGGCUCCCAUCACAUAAAUCGCUGGAGGUUGGCCACCAAGCAGUCCAGUCCGGAGGAAAUUGAUGUGACUUCGGACGAUUAAAACGAGACUCAUAUGUGCUUCUGAGCGCACGGAGGACACGAAUACAGGAUACCGUGGGAGGACAGUGGGCUCAAAUAACCCGAUGUCACAUUUCACAUCCCCGAUGGGCAGCUGAGGGCGACGGAAGGCCGGCUGCUGCGUGGCCCAGCUGUCACCCUGCGGCUCCGUCAGUCCAAAAGAACCAGGAACAUGGUACUGACAGAUUGUGUGUCACCACUCGCCACCACCUGAAAUAUUCUUCUUUUUAUCAUUUUCCAAUUCAUAUUGGACGGUUGCACUUCUAUUUUUUCCCACUCAAGAUACCAAAACUGCUUUUUAGAAAAAAAAAAACUUGAAUUGCAUGUUACUUGUUUUAUUUUGACACAAUCAAGAGGAAGACGAAACAUUUUUUUAUUUAAAUCUAUUUUCUAAGAGAGGUGUUGUAGGCCUACUUCUUUUUCAGACAGUGUGCAGUCUUUAAUUCAUAAUUCUCGUGUAAAAGUGAUUGUGAAAACAUAUGAAGUAGCAGUGCUUUAUCGUCUUUUUUUUUUUUCAAGGAAAAAAAAGCAAAAAUUGGUUUUCUAGGGUGGGGGGGGGGGGUGAAAUUUAAGUGAUGGUAUAUCAGGACGUUCCUUGAACCUCUAAAGCUUUACCAAUGUGUGGUUGUACUUGGCCCCACGCAACCUUCUGUCAGGACGUGAGCCUCCACUCAAAGAUGCCACAAGGACUAAAAUGAAUUAUAGACACACAAACAAACAAAAAAAAAACCUCCAAGCACUGAGCGUAUUCCAUGUACAGAAAAAAUAUUGUUAUUGUUUCUGUUAAACCCUCUUUUACAGAAUGUAAAUAUUUUUUGUGUAUGUGUUAAGUUUGCUACAAUUUUAACACAAAGUAUACUUCCAAGAAGUAUGUAAUUGUCAAUAUUUUGUCAAUAAAGUUUUAUCAAUAUGU